AACACUGAUCUAAGGAAUUCUCCACCCCUAUUCUUAGCAUUUAAUUUCUUUUUUUUUUUGUAUGGAUCAGUGCUAUUGUAUUGACUUUCUUACUUUUUCAUUAUAAGAGCUCUUUGCACUACUUCCCAGGUCCUCAGUGUGUUGAGAAAAGCUAGAAAUGCUGCGCCAAGUUCUGCAGAAGGUUGUGCCUCUUGUAACUGUCACAGUUCAGCGCAAUUUUGCUGCAACUGCCGUGGCUUCCCAGAAUUUAGACCCUAUUCAACAACUAUUCCUUGAUAAAGUUAGAGAAUAUAAAACUAAAUCCAAAGGUGGUAAACUUGUAGAUGCCACUCCAGAAUCUGAAGCACUGUUAAGUGAAAUGCUUGGCAAUCUGGAGAGAGCUUAUGGAGCUAAAGGAGUUGAUAUGACACAGUUCCCAACCUUAAAUUUCACAGAACCCACUCUAGUGUGGCCAGGCCUAAGUCCAGAGCAACAAGAGAAGAUUAGACAACAGGCAGAGGCAGAUGAAGAAGCUGAAGCGAAACGCCUUGCACUGAUUAAGGCUGAAGAGCCCAGAUCAAGUAUAAUAGAAGGCUAUGAAGCUGAAUAAUUUGAAAUGUUGAUUGCAAAUAUUAUAUUUAUAUUAAAGUAGAUGUUAAAGGUUAACAGUAAAA